GUAAUUGUGUGUUCUCUCUCUCUCUCCUUACUAAUUACUAAUCAAGCAAUUUGUAUAUAUAGUAGAUUCUCUCUUCGUAAUACUAUUUGAUAAUUCUUUUUAACUAAUAGUUGUAUCACUUAAACUAUACAAUACUAUACUAUACUAUAUUAGUAAUUAUUUCCAGUAACAAUGGCUCCACCUACUGCUAUCGAAACUGCUGCUCCAACCGAACAAGACAUUGAACAAACGGUUAGAAAGUUGGCUAACUUGAAACCAAUUAGUCAUGGACUUUCUGAGUUUAGCUCUAAUGAUGAAAGUACUAAUACUGGACCUCAAGAAAAGUACUUACAGUUAUUACCAGAACCUGCCAGAAAGAGAUUUGAAAAAGCUGGUAUUGAUUUAUCUAAGGGUUACCCAGUUAUCCCAGUAAGAGAUGAUAUUCCAAAGUUUGUUGAUGAAGCUUAUGAAAUUAGAAAUAAGGAUUAUCCUUAUAUUGAAAGAGGUAAGAAUGCUGAUCCAGAAAAGAAGGCCUUAUUUGGUGCUGCUAAAGAAGUUAAGAAUUUAACUAAACAUAUUGGUACUGAAAUUGUUGGUUUACAAUUGGCUGAUUUAAAUGAUAAACAAAAGGAUGAAUUGGCUUUAUUGGUUGCUGAAAGAGUUGUUGUAUUCUUUAGAGAUCAAGAUUUAUCUCCUCAAAAGCAACUUGAAUUGGGUGAAUAUUGGGGUCAAGUCGAAAGACAUCCUCAAGCUCCUCAUGUUCCAUUACCAAUUCCAGAAGGUGUUGAUACAAUUGCUAAAGGUAGUGGUAUUUCUGUUAUUUGGAGAAAAUUCUUUAAUGAAUUCUAUGGUAUUCCAAAGAACUUCAAACAAAAGCAAGCUGCUGGUGGCUGGCACACUGAUUUAGUUCAUGAACAUCAACCAGCCGGUAUUACUCAUUUACAUAAUGAUACUAUUCCAAAGACUGGUGGUGAUACUGCUUGGGCAUCUGGUUAUGCUGCUUACGAUAAAUUAUCUCCAGCUUUACAACAAUUUCUUGAUGGUAAGAAUGCUGUUUACAGAUCCGCUCAUCAAUAUAUUGAUAGAUCCAACCCAUUAAAGGGUCCAAAGUAUAUUGAAAGAGAACAUCCAAUUAUUAGAACUCAUCCAACUACUGGUUGGAAAUCUUUAUUUGUUAACAGAGCUAUGACUGUUAGAAUUGUUGGUUUAGAACCAGAUGAAUCAAAAGUUAUCUUAGAAUAUUUAUACUCUGUAUUUGAAAAGAAUUUAGAUAUUCAAGUUAGAUUUAGAUGGCAACCAACUAAGGAAGGUUAUGGAACUUCUGCUAUCUGGGAUAACAGAAUUUCUCAACAUUAUGCUAUUCCAGAUUAUGAUGUUGAUGAAGAUGAUCGUCAUGGUACUAGAGUUACUUCUUUAGCUGAAGUUCCUUAUUUCGAUCCAGCUUCCAAGUCUCAAAGAGAAGCCUUAGGUUUACCUUUGAAUUAGAUGUAUUGAUUGUUUGAUACAAUCAAUUCUAUAAGUAAGUAAUUUAGCUACAAUUGAAAAAUAAUGCCUGUUCUUAUU